UUUAUUACAUCCUCUAAAUACCUACUCAUCAAGAUGUCAUCACCUAAUCCAAUUUACGCACCUUUUUUUGGGAUACUGGGUACUUCGGCGUCAAUGAUUUUUUGUGCAAUGGGUGCUGCUUAUGGGACAGCUAAGGCCAGUAUGGGGAUAUCAUGUAUGGCUUUACGAAAACCCGACCUAAUAAUGAAAUCACUUAUCCCCAUUGUCAUGGCUGGAAUUAUUGCUGUAUACGGUUUGAUUGUGUCAGUGCUUAUUGCUUCGGAAGUCAAAGUUGAUUACCCAAUGGAAAAUCACCUAGGUGCUGGUAUUAGCGUGGGAUUGAGUGGCCUUGCUGCUGGAUACGCAAUCGGCGUCGUCGGUGAUGCAGGAGUUCGAGCCUAUUGUAAAGAAACUAGGAUAUUCGUCGGCAUGAUUCUAAUUCUCAUUUUUGCCGAAGUUCUUGGUCUAUACGGCUUGAUCUUAGCUCUCAUACUCGUGUCAAAGUAA